CAUCUAUCGUUUUUCAUCACCAUCUACUUUUCUUCUGCAAUCGUUUAAUUUUCAAUUCCCAAUUCAAAACCCUAACUUUCUUCCAAGUUCCAAAUUCUCAAUGGCACCAAAGGGAGAGAAGAAGCCAGCAGAGAAGAAACCAGCUGAGGAGAAGAAGUCCACCGUCGCCGAGAAAGCUCCUGCUGAGAAGAAGCCCAAGGCUGGAAAGAAGCUUCCAAAGGAAGGUGGUUCAGCCGCCGGAGAUAAGAAGAAGAAGAGAAGCAAGAAGAAUGUUGAAACAUACAAGAUCUACAUCUUCAAAGUUCUGAAGCAGGUUCACCCAGACAUUGGUAUCUCAAGCAAGGCCAUGGGUAUCAUGAACAGUUUCAUCAAUGAUAUCUUCGAGAAGCUUGCUCAAGAAUCAUCCAGACUUGCUCGUUACAACAAGAAGCCAACAAUCACUUCAAGGGAAAUUCAGACUGCAGUCAGGCUUGUUCUUCCUGGUGAAUUGGCCAAGCAUGCUGUCUCUGAGGGAACCAAAGCUGUGACCAAGUUUACUAGUUCUUAGAUUUGUUGGGAUCUAAUUGUAGGAACCAUUGGUAGUUUUAAAUUUUAAUGAAGUAAUGGCUUUUGUGUAUGAAGUAUGAUAAUGGUGAAAUUUAAUGAAAUCGGACUUCAAAAAUGUUUCUAUUGUUCAA